AUGGGCAACGGAGCAACACCCAGCAGCAACACCGGCGCAGCAAACACCCCGCGAGCGGAGUCGAAUACCCCCGCGGCGCAGGUCCGUCCAGGCGGCGCGCCCGCACGGGUAUACAUGAACGAAAAGAUAGUGCCGUACUUGCUUGAGGGGAUGAAAUCCGUCGUCAAAGAACAACCCUCAGAUCCCCUACGCGUGCUAGGCGAGUUUCUGAUUCAGAAGAGCAAUGAAGUCGAGGGCGGAGCGGUCUCCACGAAGAAAUCGCCUGAGUAG